AUGAAUUUUCUCUCCAAAGCCGUCCUGGGACCUUGGGUCAGGUUUGAAGACGAAGCAACAUGGCGGUACUGCGCCAACGAGAUGCUCUCCUACAUUUCGUUGUACGCGACAUCAGGAACCUCACCCAUCAUGGGCUCCAUGAGUGAAGGGUCUUCUCUUUUCAACCCGGUCCUCGGAAGGGCGCUGGGCAUCUGCGCGGCUCAUGGAACCCUCGUCGGGACUCAGGGACGUGUUUUCAACCAGCUGAUCGACCAAGAACUCGAGGACCUCGUGACCGCCUCGCAGUCCGCUCCAGUCCACGAUGGCAGGUGGGAACGACGUUACUUUGAAGCCGCCAUAAUGGAAACAACUGCCAGGAUGCAAGCUCUCACCAUGUAUCAAAUCAUUCGACUUUUCAGCGAUAAAGCUCGGGAUCUCCAAAAGGCCGCGGCACACGAAGCGCUCUUUGCCUCAUGGACCAGGGAGCUCCAACUUCAAGUUCAGAUACUCCAACAUAGCGCGCCAUCACGCGGAAGCGCAGCCGUGAUAGGGCCAGCCGUUGACGCGGCUGAUCCAAAGGUCAUUGAUGCCGCCUAUCGCGCCAUUCUUGUAUCAUACGCAGUGCGCGCCGUUCACUCGGUUCUCAACGACAAGACAUGCGCCGUAUGGGACGACCUUUUCACGAUCGUCAUGCCUGCCAGCUUGUCUGGACAGGCAAGAUUGUUGUACCCGGAGUACGUGAUCCAGUGGGAAAUGAAAUCAACUCCGACGCUUUAUGAGGACGAUAGAAGGCUUAGCAAUAUGGUUGUGGCUGCAUGUAAAGGCGUGGAUGUUGUGCAACAGGCGAAUUCAUAA